AUGGACUCUCUCGCGCUCCGUAACCAGAGGCUUCUGCCCCCAACAAAGAUGGCUGCCUACUCUGUCCCACUCCGCCCUUGGCCGAUAGCAAAUGCCAGACUAUCUUUCACUUUCGGGUCACUGUUGGCGGGGAUGGCGAGGAUUCCUAAGACAGCGGGGCUGGUCAAGCUAGACUGUCCUCUGCGGCCCGGCUGCCCGCUGGGGGUCGCUGCUGUCCCCAAACUCUGCAAGGAAUUCGGUCCUGAGGACUACGGCGACGAGGACAUAGUGGAUUUUCUUCGGCGGCUGGUGGAGAAUGACCCACAGGGCCUGCAUCGGAUCCGUGUGGACGGGAGCAGCGGGCGGCUGCAGCUGUGGCACCAUGAUUACCUCCUGGACCAUUUCUGUUAUGAGGGGGAAACUACUGGACAGAAUGAUAAGAGCAAGGAGGCUGAGAGACUGGGCACCUACUGUGGUCUCCGAAAGUCCUUCCUAUACCCUCCACAAGAGUCUAAACCCUGCCCUCAAAGCCCUUCUGCCUCAGCAUCCUGUUUCAGCAAUUCAGACAACCUGCUUCAGGUGGCCAUGCCGCAGAGACUCCUGCUGACUGAAGAGGAGGCCAACCGCCUGGCUGAAGAGCUGGUAGCUGAGGAGGAGCGCAUGAAACAGAAAGCAGAGAAGAAACGACUCAAGAAGAAGCGUCAAAAGGACCGGAAGAGGAGGGAGCGCUUGGAGCAGGACGGCGGCAGGGAGUGCGAUGCGAAUGUCUGCAGGCAGCUCUGUGUCUGCUCACCUUCCCUCCAGGCUGAGGCCAUCGCAGAUGAGGAUGGGAGCCCUCCAUCCAGCUCUGGGAACCCAGCUCAGGCACAGUGUUGUGAGGAAGAGGACUCACUGGAUCUGUCUAGUACCUUUGUGUCUCUGGCUUUGCGCAAGGUUGGGGAUUGGCCCCCCAGUGCCCGCAGAGAAAAGGGACUGAGUCAGGAGCCCCAAGGCAGGAGCCUGGGUCCCCAAGAGAAGAUGAGGCAGGAGGAAGGAAGAACUCCAAAAGACGAGAGCCCCAGGCAGAGUCGUAAGGCACAGGCAUCUCCAGGACUGCUGGCAGCUGCCUUACAACAGAGCCAGGAGUUGGCAAAGUUGGGUACCAGCUUUGCCGAAAAUGGUUUCUACCACAAGGCCGUGGUCCUCUUCACCCAGGCCUUGAAGCUUAACCCCCGGGACCACCGGUUAUUUGGAAAUCGCUCAUUCUGCCACGAACGACUGGGUCAGCCAGUGUGGGCCCUGGCUGAUGCCCAGGUGGCCCUUACUUUGCGGCCUGGCUGGCCCCGGGGCCUCUUCCGACUAGGCAAGGCCUUGAUGGGACUGCAGCGUUUUGAAGAGGCAGCUGCUGUGUUCUGGGAGACUCUGAGAGGUGGGUCCCAGCCUGAUGCAGCCUGGGAACUCCGCUCCUGCCUUCUACAGCUCACUCUGCAGGACCAGCGAGGAGGAAUCCCUGGGCCACCUCUGUUAACUGGAUUCCCCUAUCCAUUUUCCCAUGUUGAGCUGGGGCCUUCAGGCCUCCUCUCCCUCAGUUGCCCUGGCAGCGCUGCUCCAAGGGCCCCUGGCAGCACUGCUCCAAGGGCCCCUGGCAGCACUGCUCCAAGGGCCCCUGGCAGCACUGCUCCAAGGGCCCCUGGCAGCACUGCUCCAAGGGCCCCUGGCCUUCAGUCUCCACCCUUGCGUUAUCCCCCACAUCACCUGAGCCACUCCAACUGGCCCCUGCCCCAGACUCAGAACCGAAGACCCUGUCCUCUCCAUCUCCAGGACUCCUCAAAGGACAGGGGCAUCCUGGGACUUGGGCCCCAGCAUCUACCUCACACCAGAUGAAGGAGGACCUGUCCCUAAUAAGGCAAGGCUGUGUGUGCAUCCCACAGGGAUGAAGAACACUGCAUGGUAGCAGUUCACUGCACGUUUUGAGACCUGUACUCUAAAACUGUGUUUGGGAAUACCCCUGGCAGUCAUGCCUCUUGCCACAGAGACCUUCUGAUGAGAGAAAGGAACCCUACAUCCACUGAAAUAGCCUCUCUUUGGUUCAUAAGCAGAUGGUUUCUUCUGGGAGCAGUAAGGAAAAAUAAAAUCCCCCAAGGCUCAAGAAGGGAUCUGUAUGAAAGUUCAGGUUUUCAGACUGUAACAGACCUGACAGUGGGGGCAUUUGAGGCUUGCUCUGCUUCUUGGCUCUCGGGGGCUCACUCACCAGCCAGAGCUCUGCACUCAGGAAUGGGGUCACAGUGAUGAAUUGAUGAAUGAGGCCCAAGCCUUGCCCUUCAGCUUGACAGUUGCUCACUUCUUCGUAAUCCCAGUUUUUGCCCUGUUUUCUCAAGCCUCAGCUCUUCAUGACCUGUUUUCUGUCCACACUUCUAUGCAUAUCCUGACCUCUCCUUUGCCCAAUGGUCUGACGCUCACCUUUUCCCACUGCUAGAAGAUUCACCAAGGGUUUGCAUUUGGGAAGUCCCUUACCAGCUCCUUCCUGGAGCUGGCAGAGCCUGUACAGCUCCACAUACCCCCACUGUUGGCUCUCCCACUGAUGGGGCCUCAGCAGGUACCCAGCCUUCUGCUACUUUGGUCAUACUUUUUCUCCACUUCAGCACUGGGCAUUGUAACUAGCCUUUCCCCUGUGUGAAUUUACUUAGUUUUUCCAUCCAGGAUCACUGCCUGUAAAGAAGGCUAAAAUUCUCUACUUUCUGUAUAAGAAUCAUGACCUCCUUCUGGUUUCUCCUCUAAGAUUCUGGCAGCUGCUCCUGGCUGGUUCCUCCCUAGCUCUGCCUGGGACCCUCAGCUCAUUGAAAUGUGGAUCUUCAGGCCUCCAAGACCAUAUUUCCUAGAGGAACUAUUUAUCAGGAUAAAUGACUCUUACGCCCUAUGGGUCUUAACACCAUUUGCACCUAGAGAUAGGAGAUACUGAAACACCUCUUUAUUUAAUAAGGAUUUCCCAAAUUCUUUUUGUUGUUUAUGGUUGCAGGCCCCUUAAAUACUAUGUGACAGAAUGAAGUCUGCUAUUACUAGUUGGGUCACCUCAGGCAGAUUUCUUUACACCUGUGCUUCAGUUUCCUCAUCUGUAAAAUGUGGGCAAUCCCUAUGUCACAGGGCUAUUGUGAAGACUGAAAGUGUGAGAAAAUACUUACCAAAAGCCUGGUACAUCGUGGGUGUUAAAUAAAC